UGGCUGCGGCGGGUCAGGUGGCUCUGCCUCGCGCGGCGAGGCCGGCGCGCGGGCCCUCUGUCGCGCGUGGCGUCUCGGCAAGCGCCGCUCCUCUGAGGGAUCCGCGCGGCGGGAGCGGUCGGGGACGGGGAUCCCGGUGGGCCGGAGUGCUUGGGCAGGAAGCGACGCCUGUGGCUGGCGCUGAUAAAUGCGCAGCAAGUCAUUUGUCUGCCGUUGCAUUUUGGCUUCUCUGCGGACAAAGUUAUGACUUUUCUUCAAUGUAGGUACACUCACUAAUAGUCUUUUCCCUCCACGAGGAACCAUGGUUUGUCCUUGAUCUUUAAUAAUGAUCUUCUGUCAGCAGAUAUCCUUGAUUUGCAGAAGGCAUCUCAAAAUGUUGUGUCGAGCAGCUCUGAGCCCUCUUGUCCGUUCAUCUGGAUGGUGCUUUGUGUUAUCGCCACAUGCCAUCGCAGCCAUUUCCCGUUUAUAUCUCCCUCACCAUAACCGAAGAUUAAAGAAUGAAUCCAUCCGUUGUUGGAGCAACAUCCCGUUUAUCACCAUGCCACUGAGCCGUGCACAUGGAAAAUCGUUUGCACACCGCAGUGAGCUGAAGCAUGCAAAGCGGAUUGUAGUGAAGCUAGGUAGUGCUGUUGUGACUAGAGGGGAUGAGUGCGGCUUGGCCCUUGGGAGGCUGGCAUCUAUUGUAGAGCAGGUGUCAAUGCUGCAAAAUCAGGGCCGAGAGAUGAUGAUUGUCACCAGUGGUGCUGUAGCUUUUGGAAAGCAGCGAUUACGUCAUGAGAUCUUGCUUUCUCAGAGUGUGAGACAAGCGCUUCAUUCAGGCCAGAGUCAGCUAAAAGAUAUGGCUAUUCCAGUCUUGGAGGCCCGAGCCUGUGCUGCAGCUGGCCAGAGUGGACUAAUGGCUCUGUACGAGGCCAUGUUUACGCAGUACAGCAUCUGUGCAGCUCAAAUUUUAGUCACCAACCUGGAUUUCCAUGAUGAACAGAAGCGUCGGAACUUAAAUGGAACAUUGCAUGAGCUUUUAAGAAUGAAUAUCGUCCCCAUAAUUAACACUAAUGAUGCGGUUGUCCCACCUCCAGAACCGAACAGUGAUCUGCAGGGGGUAAAUGUGAUUAGUGUGAAGGAUAAUGACAGUCUAGCAGCGCGACUGGCUGUGGAAAUGAAAACUGAUCUCCUGAUUGUUCUCUCAGAUGUAGAAGGACUCUUUGACAGCCCUCCAGGAUCAGAUGAUGCAAAGCUCAUUGACAUCUUCUACCCGGGAGACCAGCAGUCUGUAACAUUUGGAACCAAAUCCCGAGUGGGAAUGGGAGGCAUGGAAGCCAAGGUGAAAGCAGCUCUGUGGGCCCUCCAAGGAGGCACCUCUGUGGUGAUUGCAAAUGGAACCCAUCCGAAGAUCUCAGGUCAUGUCAUCACAGAUAUUGUGGAGGGGAAAAAAGUUGGAACUUUUUUUUCAGAAGUAAAACCUGCAGGUCCUACAGUAGAGCAGCAGGGUGAAAUGGCUCGAGCUGGCGGCAGGUCCCUGGCGGCUCUACGGCCUGAGCAGAGAGCAGAGAUUAUUUAUCAUCUUGCCGAUUUACUAACUGACCAGAGAGAAGAAAUUCUCUUGGCAAACAAAAAGGACUUAGAAGAGGCUGAAAGUAAAGGGAGAUUGGCACUUCCUUUGUUGAAACGUCUAAGUCUGUCUACAUCAAAGCUGAACAGCUUGGCUAUUGGACUGCGUCAGAUUGCAGCAUCCUCCCAGGACAGCGUUGGCCGUGUAAUUCGGCGAACACGAAUAGCAAAAGACCUGGAUUUGGAGCAGGUGACAGUGCCUAUUGGCGUCCUUCUCGUGAUCUUUGAGUCCCGUCCUGACUGUCUUCCACAGGUGUCUGCUUUGGCUGUAGCCAGUGGAAAUGGCUUACUACUCAAAGGAGGGAAAGAGGCAGCACAUAGCAAUCAAAUCCUUCAUCAUCUGACACAAGAAGCACUCUCCAUUCACGGAGUAAAAGAUGCGGUGCAACUAGUGAACACAAGAGAGGAAGUAGAAGAUCUCUGCCGUUUGGAUAAGCUGAUAGAUCUAAUAAUUCCACGUGGUUCAUCCCAGCUAGUCAGGAAUAUCCAGAAAGCUGCUAAGGGAAUCCCAGUGAUGGGACACAGCGAAGGGAUCUGUCACGUGUAUGUGGACACAGAUGCCAGCGUUGAGAAGGUCACACGAAUAAUCAGAGACUCGAAGUGUGAAUAUCCUGCUGCCUGUAAUGCUCUGGAAACUCUCUUAAUUCAUCGAGACUUGCUGAGAACCCCGUUGUUUGAUCAGAUCAUAGACAUGUUGAGAGUAGAACAGGUGAAGAUUCACGCUGGCCCAAAGUUUGCAUCUUACUUGACAUUCAGCCCUUCAGAAGUGAAAUCUCUCCGAACAGAAUAUGGGGACUUGGAGUGCUGCAUUGAGGUGGUGGACAGCGUCCAAGAGGCUGUUGAACAUAUCCACAAGUAUGGAAGCUCUCACACGGAUGUUAUCAUCACAGAGAAUGAGAAAACAGCAGAGUUCUUCCUUCAGCAUGUGGACAGUGCUUGUGUUUUCUGGAAUGCCAGUACCAGAUUCUCUGACGGCUAUAGAUUUGGACUUGGUGCUGAAGUCGGAAUUAGUACUUCUCGUAUCCAUGCUCGUGGACCAGUGGGAAUUGAAGGACUCUUAACUACAAAGUGGUUGCUGAGGGGUGACAAUCAUGUUGUUUCUGACUUCUCAGAGCAUGGGAGCAUGCAGUAUCUUCAUGAGAGCCUUCCUCUCCCUCAGAGAAAUACCAACUAAGAACAUCAGGGACAGGGGGAAAACCCAAGGAUAUCAAUAUUUCCUGAAGAUGUUUAGGCUGCGGGGCACUCUCCGGGGAGGGAGUUUGUUUUUCAUGUUUAGGAACGUUGUUUUCAAUCACUGUGCAGUACAAUGAAUACAAAAUGAUCCAUCUAUUAAUUUUUUUUUCCUGCCUCUUUCUGUUUCCUUAGAUAGUAUCUGCAAACUGACCUCACUUUUCCAAGACAGACUUCUUCAAAACAUACAGGUAACAUAAGGAAAGACUUAAGUAUCAGCCUCAUUCUUUUUUUUUAUUAUUAUUCCAGUGCUCCCUAUAGCAAAUGUGCUUGGUGGUGGAGCAUAUUAUUUUGUUUUUUUUUUUCGUAAGUCAGUUUUAUUCAAGUAUCUGUUCUGGAGAACAAACUCGAUAGGGUUUUUUUCCUUCAGUCUUAUGAUCGUGGCAGCUCUUGAAAGCCAGAAAGCUUUACACUUACUUUCUUUGUAUGAUGACUCUUGUGAUAAAGGGAUAGAUGUUUGAAAUGCAUAGUAAGCUUUUGACCAGGAAACCUUUUAUAUCUAAUUUCUUUGUAUUGUUGACUGUUGUAGAUAAAUAACACAACUGUCUACUAUGUGAA